CCCACCUAUUAUAGCGCAUAAUGCUUGUUGAGUAUGCCGCGCAAAGCGAACAGCUGUUAAAAAUGUCGGCUGGUCCAAUCGAAUGCCGCGCACACCCGAAGGCCGGUACGCGCCGUUGAGAUGUAGGUGGCGUGGACGUAUGACUUGUUUUCGAGAGGUGAAAGUACUUUGGACAAGUUUUUCCUCCUGUGUCCAUUCAACGUGUAGCCGCCUUGCAAUGGCGGUUUUAAGCAAGUUGCUGGAAACUAGCCUGCCGUUUCGUUGCUAUGAAAUCGCGCAUCCGUGGGAGCCUUCGUGCACUGCUAGCUGGGUGACAUUGUUUUUCGACACCUUCAGCAACUCUAUCAAGCUCUACAGCGUGCUCUACCUGGCUAUGUGGCAGCUGCAGAGUUCAUGCAGGUGGCGCAGCUUGUUAGCCGCAGGACCUCCAGACGGGCAUUUGCAGAGACGGUGCUGAGUAGUGUGCGGUCAGCAUCCUUCCUCAGCUAUAAUGUGAUGCUCUUCAUGUUCGUCAUUUGUGCGCUGAGGUGGGGCUUUGGCCGCCUUUAUCUGCAGAAUUCCACCUUCGUGGCCGGGCUUGCCUCGGGCUUUCUUUCCAUUUUCGUCGAGCAUCCGAGCAGGCGUCGCGUUCUGUCUGUGUACAUGCUCAACCAGUGCUCGGAGAUUGUGUUCAACAGCCUGCGCAGCCGGAACAUUGUACAUGAUGUUCCUCAUGGAGAGGUGUUCAUGUUUGCUGUGAGUUUGGCAGGCUUCCUGUAUUGCAUUCGGAACAACAACAAGCUGAAGGACCCUGUGUGCAAAGCUUUAAGACUCCUCAUGGGUGCAGAGGAAUUUGUGGCCCCCACAGCCACGACUGACACGGGACAGCCAUGUUGGCACUUGAGAAGCUGCUGGCGACAUGCUGCUGAGGGCAUGUCUGCACCAUUUCUGAUAGGCUAUGGGCUGCAAGCUCUACUGUCACUAGCAUCACCUCACCUGCGGCGCAGACCUUGGCGGAUACUUGGCCGGUGGGCGCCCUUUGCACAGGGGGCAUUUCUCGCCAGCACAGUUGGGCUGUUCCGGGUGGGUCUUUCCAACCUGCUUGCUUUUUUGCCGCUUCACUGUAGUAAAUCAAUUUGCAUUAUUGUAGGAGUGUGA